AAUAGUAAACGAAAUAGUAGUAGUCUUCUUUUUCGUUCACCAGAUAAAGAGCACAAACCGACCCGAUCAAAAAACACAGAAACACACGUCUCUCUAAUCAUCCACCUGGGUUUAGGGUUUCAAAUAGAGGAUUUCGAUCGAUCUGAAACCCUAAUUCACCAUCCAAAAUGUCUCAAACUGGAAAAUUAAUGCCCAAUCUGGACCAAAACAGCACGAAGAUCCUCAAUCUCACCGUCCUCCAGAGGAUGGAUCCGUACAUCGAGGAGAUCUUAAUCACCGCUGCUCACGUUACCUUCUACGAGUUCAACGUCGACCUCAAUCAAUGGAGUCGCAAGGAUGUUGAAGGGUCUCUCUUUGUGGUUAAAAGGAACACUCAGCCGAGGUUCCAGUUUAUAGUGAUGAAUCGACGAAGUACAGAAAACCUUGUGGAGAAUCUGUUAGGAGAUUUUGAGUUUGAACUUCAAGUUCCGUAUCUGCUGUACCGAAAUGCUUCUCAAGAAGUGAAUGGUAUUUGGUUCUACAAUACGCGUGAGUGUGAGGAUGUCGCAAACCUCUUUACUAGGAUACUUGGUGCAUAUUCAAAGGUUCCCCCAAAACAGAAAGUGAACAAAAGUGAGUUUGAGGAACUUGAAGCAGUACCUACUUCUGCUGUAAUUGAAGGACCACUGGAGCCAGGGUUGACCACCUCUAGGUCAACAGAUGUACCUGAGGAUUCUUCAUUCGUCAACUUCUUUAAUACUUCUAUGAAUUUGGGACAUAAUAACGUUCAAACUCCCGUUAAUUCCAUACAACCUUACCAUAACUCAACAGCACCGUCACCUGUGAUCACCACUCCACCGUUACAAAUACCCUCAUCCACUACACCAAUACCGUCGCAUGACAGUGUUGACCCGGUCAACAGCAGCAAUCACUUGACCAAUCUUAUUAAACCUCUUUCUUUCUUUACACCGUCUUCUUCUUCCGCUCCAUUGAUGAGACAGUCCUCGACAUCCGUGCCAGUUGCCGCCCUUCAGCCGCCGCUGAAUGUACAAAGAAGCGUCGGUAUUCCCUUGCUUCAACCAUUCCCGCCGCCCACACCACCGCCGUCACUCACUCCUAGUUCUACUUCUGGUCCGUUUUAUGGACCGUUGACCAGAGAAAAAGUCCGAGAUGCACUUGUAUUGCUUUCACAGGAUAACCAAUUCAUCGACAUGUUCCAUCAAGCUUUACUGAAAGUACAUCAAUCAUAACAUACUCGAAGAACUGUUUGAAAAUUUGUCUGUAGAUUUGAAGACUUAUGUUUGUUUUGAACACUAAAGGUUUGUUAUGCUUGUAUUAUUGUCCUUUGUUUUUAAAUGAUGGUUUGUAACGCUUCAUACUUCUUGCCGGUAGCACCUAACCGUAGGGAGAUUGACCAUUUUACCCCUUAUCUGGUACCCACAGUUGCUACGAAAUCAAAAGCGUUUAAAGCGUGUUCGGAUCGAGGGUUUGGGAACGCAAAUGAUAGACGUUUAGUCGUUCGUGAAACUCAUUGGAAUUGGAGUUGAAA